AUGUCUUCUAAACCACCGAAUUUUUCAUCCAUCAUGCCUGAGUCUACGCUUAUGGAAUCCCAACAGGCCCAGAAACCUCCUCAAGGUUUCUUCGACAGAGCUACCCAACAGCCUCACUUGGCUUCUAUCGACGACUACCACAAAUUGUACCGCCAGUCGGUGGAGGACCCAAACACUUUCUUUGGCACCAAGGCCCGUGAACUUUUGUCCUGGUCUCGUCCUUUCGACCAUACCAGGUACCCACAUGACCCAAAGAAUGACUUUAUCGACGGCGACUUGCCUGCCUGGUUUGUAGGCGGCCAGUUGAACGCAUGCUACAAUGCUGUGGACCGUUGGGCCAUUGAACAGCCAGACAAGGCUGCCAUUAUCUACGAGGGUGACGAGCCUGACACUGGCUACACCAUCACUUAUGGUGAAUUGUUGAAACAGGUUUCCAAGUUGGCCCAGUGCUUGGUUCGUUUGGGAGUUAAGAAGGGUGACACCGUCGCUGUCUACAUGCCUAUGGUUCCAGAGGCUCUUGUUACCUUGUUGGCCAUUGUCCGUAUUGGUGCCGUUCACUCUGUGGUGUUUGCUGGUUUCUCUUCUACUUCUUUGAAGGACAGAAUUGUCAAUGCCGACUCCAGAAUUGUCAUCACCGCUGACGAAUCCAAGCGUGGUGGUAAGACCAUUGAGACCAAGAAGAUCGUCGACGAGGCCCUUAAGGACUUGCCUGAUGUCAGAAACGUUCUUGUCUUCAAGCGUACUGGUUCCACCCACGUGCCUUUCCACCGUCCAAGAGACUUGUGGUGGCACGAGGAGCUCGAGAAGUACGGUAACUACUUCCCUCCUGUGCCUUGUGACUCUGAGGACCCAUUGUUCUUGUUGUACACCUCUGGUUCUACUGGUAAGCCCAAGGGUGUUCAGCACAAUGUCGCUGGUUACUUGUUGGGCGCUGCCUUGACUGCCAGAUACACCUUUGACUUGCACAAAGAUGAUAUCCUCUUCACUGCUGGUGACAUAGGUUGGAUUACUGGUCACACUUAUGUUGUCUACGGUCCUUUGCUUAACGGUGCCACCACCGUUGUCUUUGAAGGUACCCCUGCCUACCCAGACUACUCCCGUUACUGGGAGGUGGUUGACAAGCACAAGGUGACCCAGUUCUACGUGGCCCCAACUGCUUUGCGUUUGUUGAAGAGGGCUGGUACCUCUUUCAUUGAGAAGCACAAGUUGGACACUAUCAGAGUCUUGGGUACUGUCGGUGAGCCAAUUGCCGCUGAGGUCUGGCACUGGUACAACGACAACAUUGGCCGUGGUAAGGCCCACAUUGUCGAUACUUACUGGCAAACCGAAUCGGGCUCUCACUUGUUGACCCCAAUGGCUGGUGUUACUCCAACCAAGCCAGGUUCUGCUUCGUUGCCAUCUUUCGGUGUUACUGCCCACAUCUUGGACCCAAUCACAGGCGAGGAAUUGAAGGAGAAUGGUGUCGAGGGUGUGUUGGCUAUCAAGGACGCUUGGCCUUCUAUUGCAAGAGGUAUCUGGAACGACUACAGCCGUUUCGUCGACACCUACUUUGCCUCUUACAAGGGCUACUACUUCACCGGUGACGGUGCCGCUCGUGACAAGGACGGUUUCUUCUGGAUCUUGGGUCGUGUUGACGAUGUCGUUAACGUUUCUGGCCACAGAUUGUCUACUGCUGAGAUCGAAGCUGCCCUUAUCGAGCACCACAUGGUUGCCGAGAGUGCUGUUGUUGGUUACGCCGACGACUUGACUGGUCAGGCUGUGGCUGCCUACGUUUCGUUGAAGUCUAGCUUCAAGCCAGAUGACAAGGAGACUGUGGAGAAUGUGAAGAAGGAGUUGAUCUUGACUGUGAGAAAGGAAAUCGGCCCAUUCGCUGCACCCAAGUUGAUCUUGUUGGUGGACGACUUGCCAAAGACCCGUUCCGGUAAGAUCAUGAGAAGAAUCUUGCGUAAGGUUUUGGCUGGCGAGGAAGACCUGUUGGGUGACAUUUCUACCUUGUCCAACCCAGGUGUUGUGUCGCAGAUCAUCGACAUUGUGAAGCAGUCUAGAAGAUAA